GAACAGUGAUGGUGCCUCGGCUUUGAGUCUACGGCAGUCUGAUAAAGGCAUGCCUGGGCAUGCAUGAACAGUGCAGAGGACUUGAGUCUAUUUUGGAAGACGCAGAAGUGGGUCCAGAUUAUAACGACGCAAACACUUUUGUAUGUAUCGUCGAGCAUAUGAGUCAAGGUUCUUAACUAUUGCCAUGGAUUGUUCAGUAAACCAGUAUUACUACAAAGGUGAGUGCCACCUUUGCCAGCAAUGCGGACCUGGGCAAGAAUUGUCUGAGGACUGUGGUUAUGGAAGUGGAAGGGAUGCUUACUGCACCUCAUGCAAUGCAAAGUCAUACAAAGAGGAAUGGGGCCACCACAGCUGCAGACUCUGCCAGUCCUGCAAAUGGGUUAACAGGCAUGAGAAGUUUCCCUGUACCACCAAGAGCAAUGCAGUCUGCGGAGACUGUUUACCGGGGUUCUACAGCAAAACUAGGAUAGAUGGUUUGCAUGAUUUGGAAUGCAUGCCCUGUGGACUAUCAUCAGCCAAUGAGCAACAAUGCAUCCGAAGCAGAGGAGAGGGAGUGCAGAAAGUCUGGAGCACCCAAGCUCCACCACAGGGGAUCGCUGCAGCUGGAAUUAUUGGCGGAGCUCUGGUUGCUGUGGCGAUUGCCGUUUCUGUCCUCUUGUUUGUGUACUGCAGACGUACCUCACUGAAAAAAUUGUUUGAAGCAUGUGCUGUGUCAAAAAAAUGCAGCCCCUGUGAACAUUAUCAGGCUACAGUUACUACUGGGAUUGGGGAUACUGUGAUCCUGAACCUGGAGAAGGAAGUACAGGUCUCAAGUCCGUGUGAAGGCUUGACUUCUGUGGACUCACCGACCAGCCUCAGGACCUGUCUCAAGGCUCAUGCCUUUCCUGGAUCCAUGGUGACAACCUCUGAACUCCAACCCUGCUACCUCAGUAGCUUCUCCGAGACCCAGCCUCUGAUGAGAUGUUCCACCUGUAGCAACUGCUUCUUGGGGUGGGUCUCUCAGAGGUCGUCUAGCUCUGCAAACAGCGGAGAAUACCUUGUGGAGCCAUCCCCCGUCUCAUUUGAUGAAGCCAACCUUUACUGUGCCUCUGAACAGAAGGAGAGGCACCAGCACGCACCGGUCGAGUGCACAGAGCUAGACAUUCAUAGCUCUUUCCUUCCUGAUGGCAAAGCUGCGAGUGUUGAAAUUAAAGCAUCAACAGAGGUGGCUGAAGACUCCACCCAAAAUAUGUCAGUGGAGCAACUGAACAGCCCAUCUGUCUGCCCCUUGCAAAACACCAACAGCUGCUUGAAUGGCAAUCAACAAUUCUGCAGCAGCAGAUGCAGCAAUACGGUGUCCAGUCUCCUGAGUUUGAUGAAGAAGUGUUGUAGUCUAAUGCAAGGGGUCCACCUUGGAAGACUGCCUCAUGCACUCAUUGAGUCUCUGGCCUUGAAACUGAACCCGGCAUUUCCUGGGGUUAAGAACUACCAGCAGGUAGCACUGGAAUUGGGUGUCCCGCUGGAGGUGCUGCAGAACCUCCGAGGAUUUGAGCAUGUUUUCCAGUACCUCUCCUCCUGCACGUUGCACACGGUGCCUGACCUCCUCAACACCUUCCACCACCUGCAGAGGUUCGACGCCUUGCUUCUGCUCUGUGAAUAUGCCUCCAUGAGCCAGCUCACAGCUUGCUCACACUAAUUGCCAACAGUGGCAAAGGGCUAUAAAAGUGUUUUUAAAAGUUUUUAUACAUAUAAAAGAAGGCAAACUUGAAACUACAGGAUUUGACUUGAGGAUUUCAGGGACAGCAGAUGAAAAUGUAUUUUUUAUUGUAAUUUCUCUUUGCGUUCUUUGAUAUAAAAGUAUUUUAUUAUACUUGUUUUACAUAUGCUAAUAUGAAUACAACAUAUGGGGCAAAAAAGGAAUACUUUCUUAUGGGACAGUUUUUGUGAUGUUACCGAUAUGUAAAUUGAACCCGUACGUGUUUUAAAAAUGAGUUCUCUAAAAUAAUCAAUUUCAUUUAAUUUGGCAGAAGUUGAUGUGUUUGUUAGUGGAACUUAUUUUGUUAGUCUACUGUGAAGUAGGAAAGGUCUGAUCACAUUUUGGGGUUUUAUUUUGAGAUCACAAUGUUCGGUGUCCUCUAAACAGUAUUGUUCUGUCAUUAAAUGAAAAUGUUCACAA